CCCGAGGGCGGAUCAUCAGCGACGCUAACGAUACUCCAGACGCCCGAGGAACUGUCAAAAGGGGGCAAAAACAGGGUACAAAACGCAGAAGGAUGGCAGACCUGACACUGAGCGAUGCUCUGACUGACAGCGUGUCCCCAUCUGUUGAGGAGAACAUAGUGGAGAGGGAUUUUAUAGCCACGCUGGAGGCGGAGGCCUAUGAGGACAAGGUCGGGGAGACGGUGGACAAGGCAGACUACAUCCCACUACGAGAUGACGAUGAAAAGGAAACAGGUGCAGUGUUGGAGAAGGGAGAACAGAAUGCCCAAGGGGCACCCAAACCUGGCACUGUAGGUCUAACAGGGACGACGGAGGAACUCAUUUCGUUUUCGCACCAGGAGUUGCAGAAGGAAGUGCAGCCACAUCUAAUAGAUCAGCAGGCCUUGGUGUCAGACUUCCUGCCAGGAACUAUGUCGGAUUUUCCUGAUCACUGGGGUGCUCAGUCUCACCCCCCUCAGAUGAUGGACACUGGCUUCAUGGGACCUUUCUCAGGUUUCUCUCAGCCAGUGGGAAUGGGAAUAAACAUGGAUAUCGGUGUUGCAUCACUCCAUUCAGAAAAACCUUCAAGCAUUGCCGACACACAGCAACCACCGUUGUUGGCUGCAGAGGCACCUAUAAUCCCCAAGAACCCUACGGCCUUGUCAGCAGGUGUCUUUGGUGACUGCUGGCCAGAUGAUGCUGGCAUUCCCUCUGACCUGCCCUUCACUCCCAGUGUCUCUACCGUGAUCAGUCGUCAUGCAGGCCAUCUAACGGAGAGCCAACAGGAUGCCCCUGACAACCAGUGGUCCCUCAGAGAUAGUGGGCUGGGGGACAGGGAUGAAAGAGAAAAUGAGGGAACUGAUCACAAAAAGGAGAAAAAGAAGAAGAAAAGAAAGCCCAAGGAUGAAGUCUUUGACCAAACAGACAGUAAGAUUAAGCUUGAAAUGCAGAGUGAGACCAUUGAUCUCUCUGAGGGACCCCAGCAGAUGUUGAUGCAGAAGGAACAUGAUCGAGAUGAAAGCUGGAAACAUCAGGAUGUCAGUCGGGCUGGUGGAAGGAUUAAGAAAGGCAAAAGCCGUAAGAAGAUUCCAGAAGAAUGGGCAAUUCAUGCAGAGCCGUUUGUUCCUACUUCACCAUUAAUUCGUCAUGAGUUUGAAACUGAAUUAACAACUUGUCCAGUACCUGAAGAGAUUCAAGCCUCUAGACAGGGUCUGAUCUCUUUCACUGAGGAUUUCACUGAUGAAGGCCUUAUGCCAUCAUCACUUGCCAGUGAUCUGCAUUCACUUACAGCUAGUUCUCCAUUGACACCUGUGGAAAGCAACGUUGCACCUCAACCAGGAACAUCCUCAUGUGAGGGACCCGUUUUUUCAACCACAAGCCAUUUGUCUAUGUCAUCUGGUUUCCAGGAUAUGCUUAUGGAACCAGAUAGUGGUGACAUGGGUAGUACGAAAGAUGCCUUUACCCUCCCAGUUACAUCAAGUAAAUUUGACGCUCAUGUGCCUGCGAUGAAUCCCCAGUCCUUUGUGUCUACUGAAGGAGCUUUUGAAGAGGCCAUAUUUAAACAAGAGCCAUCUUUCGUUGACCUGACAGUGGGCACCCAGGUUUUGGCUACUGAUCCUGUGGUUGACCCCUUAAUGUCCACUCCUGGUAAAGCUGGUUUUGGAUCAUCCAUGGAAGCUUUGAUCUCAGCCCCUCCAUUCUCACCAUCUCAAACUGCUUGGUCCUUUAAUAGCUCAAAUCUGAACAACCAGAGCGAGGUCUUUGAUAUGUCAGGCAUGGAGGGUACUACCUAUAAUACACCUGCGUCAGUCCCUUUACCAUCGCCAAAAAGCAAAACACCAAAAGAGGCAAAGCCAAAGCAGAACAGGAAGACCCGUUCAUCCUCAUCAAAGAGUCCCACAUCAUCUGAAGCAAAACCACUUUCUCCACCAAAUUCUGGUUUGAACCCUGCUGCUCCACCAUUCUUCCCUAGCUUUGCUGAACCUCGAGAGCAUGUGACAGACCUGCCUGUCAUGCAGCAAGUCAAAACAGAGAUCAUUCAACCAGAGGUGGAAAUAGAGAGCCUGGAAAAGUCUGAUGUGUUCAGCAAAGAAGACAAGAUGGACAAAGUUGAGAAGAGAAACCAUCCUGACCAGAUGGCCAAAGUGGAAGAGACUGAUAUAAAAGACCAAAAGGAAAACAAAGACAGUGGUGAAAAGCAAGAGGCAUUUACCAAGGUGGAAAAAGUAGAACAGGCACCUGUAGCUGAUAAGUCAGAUAAACCUGAGAAAACCGAGCAGCUUGACAAGACAGAAAAGGUUCAGACACCUGAAAAAACAGAUACAAGUAAAAAGCCUGACAGUUUAGAGCAAGUAGAGAAAUCUCUUGAUUUUAAAGCUAGUGAGGGUAAGAAAGAUCUGUCUUCAGAGAUGGACAAGGAGGUGAAAGUGGAAAAGGUGGACAAAGUCGAAAAGCUAGAGUUGAAAGCAGAAACUACCAAAGUUGAUAGUGGCAAAACAGAAGAGGACAAAAGUAAGAGGGCAGAAGAAAAGCCUGACAAUAAAUUAGAGGAUAACUCUGCUAAGGACAAGCUCGACCAAAAGCCUGAUGAGAAAACAGAAAAGGAGAAAGCUGAGAAAGACAAGCUUGAUCAAAAGCAUGAUGAGAAAACAGAAAAGGAGAAAGCUGAGAAAGACAAGCUCGAUCAAAAGCAUGAUGAUAAAACAGAAAAGGAGAAAGCUGAGAAAGACAAAAUAGAUCAGAAGCAUGAUGAUAAAACUGAAAAGGAGAAAGCUGAGAAAGACAAGAUUGAUCAGAAGCAAGAGAAAGACAAAUCUGAGAGUGAGGUUGUUAAGUCAGAUAAAGAUGUAGCCCAAAAAACAGGUGCUGUGGAAGAGACAAAGGUGUCUAAGGAAGGAGAGAAAACAGAAAAAACUGGAACGGAGGUGAAAAAAGACCCAUCUGCCAAAGUGGAGAAAGAAGACAAAACUGAAAAAGCCAAAAAAGCAGCACCUAAACCUGUGGUGACUAAUGGUGCUAGAACUGUAUCAGGAAAAGACCUGCCUAGUCCAGAGAAAAAAACCAAGCCUGCUACCACGACAACCAAAACGACUGUGGCCAGGUCCCGGCCAAGCACGGUAUCCAAUGCUGUGACUGCUCCUAAGCGCCCAACCCCAGCCCCUACCUCCACAAGCACCACCUCUGCUACCCCCAGCAAAAAACCUUCUGUGCCCAAGGCACCCACACCAACGGCUGGCACCAAGCGUCCUGCUUCGGCUGCCAGCCGUCCCUCCACCUCAACCACUGUGGCCAGUGAGGUCAAGCAUAAGUCAGCCACAGAGUCUUCAGUGCCAAAGUCCCAUGCUGCUCCAUCCCGGCUCACAGCCUCUAAGAAUGGUACAUCUACCACAGCGGUGAGCAAAACCACCACAUCAAGUGCCCUGACAGCACGGCGCUCUGUGGCUACAAAGACUGAGAGUAAAACAGGGGAAGAGAAGAAACCAAGUACUCUGAAGACCACAGACUCCACCAAACCCAAAUCUGCAACUGCCAGACCAUCCACCAUUACCAGUAGUACCGCAACCCGCACCCGCACCACUAAACCUACCACGACCACUAACAGUUCAGCCAGCACAGUGCCAGAGAGGAAGCCUCCUGUACCCCGUGCCCCUCGAGUCAGCUCUACUACCACAACAACCAGUACCACCACCAAAACCAGUAGUCGCCCAGCAACGGCUCAAGCCCAGGAUGGUAAAAAUGUCCGCUCCAAGAUCGGCUCUACCGACAACAUCAAACACCAGCCCGGAGGAGGAAAGGUCACAGUUUCUCAAAGCAAGACGGAUGCUCUUGCUCAGGGCUCCCUCUCCAAAGAGACCAGCCAGGGCAAAGUUCAGAUAGUCUCGAAAAAGGUGGACUACAGCCAUGUUACAUCUCGCUUGGGUUCCAAGGACAAUAUCAAGCAUGUUCCUGGUGGUGGGAAUGUCCAGAUUCUCACUAAGAAGGUUGAUUUGAGUAGAGUGACUUCAAAAUGUGGUUCAAGGGUCAAUAUCAAGCAUAAGCCAGGAGGUGGAGAUAUAAAGAUUGAGUCUCAUAAAGUGAACUUUAAAGACAAAGCCCAGUCUAAAGUGGGCUCCUUGGACAACGUCAGCCAUGCACCAGGAGGGGGGAAUGUUAAGGCUGAGGGGGAACAGGAGACAGUUGAGGGCAGUGGGGCUACCUCUAGUGGCUCAGCCGGCCCAGCCCAGGAGAAUGGGCUGAAGGAGAGCACUGCAUGUGGGGACGAGGCACUCCGGGACCCCCAGGGCCUGGAUUCUCUCAUCCCUGAAACAAGCAUCUAAUUCUUCUUUUUGCUAUCACCUCAUCAUUUCAUUUCCAAAACACUUUCUGUCCACCUACUUUCCCCUCCUUUUAUGUCCAAAUCUUUUUCUUCUUCUUUCUUUAUGUUUUUCCCCCAAAACUCCCUGCUGCAGAUUGAGUCUUUCAAGCUCAACUUCCGCGUGAACGCCCGCUCUCGCACGGACCACGGCGCCGACAUUGUCACCUGGCCCGUUGUGGGCGACGGCCCCGCACAACCCCAUCCGCUCCGCAACAGUGUCUCAUUCAACGACUCGUUGGUGACAGCCCGCUUGCCCCGCUCUUCCACCACCCCCGCCCUCCUCUCUGCCUCUCAAGAGCAAGAGGGUGAUGCUGACUCACUCAACACACUCCGCACGUGACUUCCACCACUCAUCUGUAGCUCUCAUAACCUUGGUCCAUGGGUACACUGUUUCCAUCUAAGUAAUCAGUCUGGUGAUUAAUAGGUGAAAAUAAAAAUUUGGCAGAAUCUAUUCACUGCCCCUUCCUUAGCUGCACAACUUGUAUAACUUAUAUUCAUACUCAUUUUGUUCAACAUAUUCCCUAAUAGGCUCCUGACUGAUCUUAUACAAUAGUGCUGCAGUCUUACAGUUGAUAUGAUUUCCCAUGAUGUAGUUAUCUGGAUAUACAUGACCUGUAUACCACAAUUUUCUUUAGAACCGUUGGACCCCAGUGUUGUGUUGUGCCUAUUCGUCAGCAUGCGGGGCUGUCAUGUCAAUCCUAAAAAGCACUGACUACCCUCCUUCAGUAUCUUCAAUUCUCAUAACUCACUCACUCUCAUCUUCCUUCAUUGUCAUUUAAGCAAACUCACAUUUAACAUACAGUACGUAGUUGGUCUCAACUGUAGGUUUUAACUAAACUGCUUUAAAAUUGUGUUUUUGUGAUGUUUUUGAGUGAAUACCGUGGCUACGAGUUGUGUGUUUGUUCGACUUUUCAUUUCGUGUAUGCUCGGUUGUUUGUGUCAUUUGUUUUCUUCUUGUAAAGCAAUACAGCAGUCUUUGCCUAUUGGACAGUAACUACAUCUUAAAACAGAUACAUAUACAGUAGGUACAGCUUAGAGUCUCAAACCGAACAACACACAUGACUCAGAAAGUGUUGACGUCAGCAGAUAAUGAGGCCAGCACAGCUGUUAGAACAAUGAAUGUGAGAAAGGACAUGGGUAUGCAUUCUUUUGGAUGGUAAAUGAAGUUUUAAUAAAGUGCAAUUGAAGUAAAUCUAUUGAUUAUGUACCACUAAUUAACUUGGUGGAGUGCCUACACGUUUGUUCAAGAGGGUAAGGGAACUUGUCGUUAAAGUUUGUGCUGCUUGUCCUAAUUUUAAGGAAAGGACCGGAAUUGGUGGCUACUUUAAAGAAGAUGCAUCAGUGUGACACAAAGCAUUGCUGGCUAGAUCUAGUCAGUUUUUACUUGUAAUGGGAUUUAGUCUACUGCAGGUGGUUUUACAGUGCAAAAGCUAAGCUUGGCAGCACACUGUUUAUUUAACGGUGACAUGUAUGUUCAGAAAGCGAUUAUGUUGGAGACAGCAGUUAUUAUAUUUCUCUUGUAGCAUUUAAUCAUUUAUGUAUGAAUAGCCUUUAUUAUACGGUCAUAAUCAUGUGUCCUGCUUCAGAAAACCUUACGUCACAUACUGUAGGUCUUUGGUCUCUUACAGCUAAAGGAAGUAUUCUGUUUAGAAUACAGCUAUUCUAAAAUAUUUGUAAUGAUGUUAAACGCAGUGCAUUUUUGCCUUAUUUUUAAGCAGUGAAGUGAGCUCAAACACACUACAAUCCGAAUAAAAUUUAAUAUUACUUAAAUACCCUUUAUUAGCACUAAUCGCCUUCAUACUGUUGAAGGUUUUUUAAAGCACUAUUAUUAAAUCUCAGCAAAUCAUUCAAAUUCCCACUGAGCUUUUGCUCAGUUAUAUAUUUAAUAGAUUAAAGUGCCACUGAUGAGAAAAUAAUUUACUUAAUUAUGAUCUAAGAAUUGGGAGGGGCAGAUAUUAUUUUGGUUAAUGGGCAAUAGUUAUUAUUAUUUAUGUAAUCAUGAUUUUGAAAAAAGGAGAGGUUUGUAGAUAGGUGUAUUUGAAUUAUGAUGUGCAGCUUUUAAAUACUCCUGAGUAUGGUUCUCAUUGAGGUUUGACUUUAUUUUGUAAGCUUCCUCUAGGUAAAUAAAAUGUUGUGGUCAUUUUGAACUCACUUUUUUUUUCUUUUAUGCAGUGUACCCUGUUUAUCCCCCCCCCCCUUUUUUUUCAUUUAACAGCUAUCGUUUUUCAUUAGUUACUAGAACACAUCUAAAUGUAAAUAUAUAUUUAUACAUUUAAUAUUGGCACUGAAAGAAAAAGUUGAAAAUUGGAAGGAACCUUAAUCAUGUUUUAAAAGGAUAUCAAGUAAAGCUUUGGUAUGUUAAGAAGUGCGCUUGUCAUUAAUUAUUAUUAUUAAUAUUAUUAUUAUUAUUAUUAUUAUUAUUGAAAUGUAACUGCCUUUUUCUGAGAAAAAGGCUGACAUGAAAGAAUGUUUUGUAUUUGCGUUUCUCUCUUACGGUCAUUGCUUUGGUAUGCUGGUUGUGGCUGUGGGUAGUGGGUUACUCUUGCAAACAGGAGUCUGAUGAGUUUCACAUAGUACCUUUGACAUCGUCUAGUCUUAAAACAUGAAGAGAACACUGUCCUAUACUGUAUUCAUAUAUAAUGUACAUCCCGUAUCAAAAGCCAGAGAGUGUUUUUGAUCAAAUUAAUCAAAAUCUGCUCUAAAAAGGGCGCAAGAGCAGAGACUGAAAUUCGCUAUGUAGUAUGAAUUUGGAUGUACCUCCUUGGCACUUGUGAAAACUUAUCAGAGAGCCACAAACAUGAAGCAUACCUCCCAAAUUUUUUUGAGGCUUCAUUAUACAACCACAAUCUUGUAUAAAACACAUUUUGUUAGAGUUACCUAUAUAAAAGUGUAAGAAGCCCCAUAAACAUCCUUAAACUAUAAUAAUAUACUAACAAAAAACAUACUAAGAGCAUGCAGAACAAUUGGGAUGUGUAUGGUAGCCUUUCAUGUGCAUACAAUGUCUUUUGCAGGUUUCCUUUCCCCCCCUCCUCCUAUUCAUUUUAAAAUUCAGUUUAUUUUCUGGUUUGAAAGAAGUGUUAAUUGUGGUCAAUUGUUAACUAGUGAUGUGAUAAUUAAAAAAAAUUAAAUAAAAUGUGUUUAAAAAUAUUGCAA